AUGCCCCGCAAACAUAGCGAUGGGAGCGGGCUGUGGAGGGAGAACAGCCCCGGUGCCAGAGGGAAGAGUGCAGGCGGGGACGGGUUCCGGCUGCAGGAGGUGGCAGCGAGCGACGUGGAGACCGGCCUGAACCCGGGCUCCGAGCGGUGCGGCGGCCGUGACGGGACGCUGCCGCUGACCAGCGAGGGGAAAGGACCGAAUGUGUUGAUCAAAGCCCUGGAGAGGCGCCGGAGUAAUGCGCGCUACCGCAAGGUCCAGAAUCUGCUCUACAACGUCCUGGAGAGACCCCGAGGCUGGGCAUUCACCUACCACGGGUUCGUGUUCCUGCUGGUCUUUGGCUGCUUGGUUCUGUCUGUGCUCUCGACAAUCCCGGAACACACCAUUCUCGCUUCACACUGUCUCUUCAUCCUGGAAUUUGUGAUGAUCGUGGUGUUUGGACUGGAGUUCAUCAUGCGGAUAUGGGCGGCGGGCUGUUGCUGUCGGUAUCGUGGGUGGAUGGGCCGCGUUCGCUUUGUGCGGAAGCCUUUCUGCAUCAUUGACAUCAUCGUACUGAUCGCCUCCAUUGCAGUCAUUGCCGCCGGCACUCAGCAGAACAUAUUCGCCACAUCUGCCCUCCGUAGUCUCCGCUUCCUGCAGAUUCUCCGUAUGGUGCGCAUGGACCGCCGAGGGGGCACUUGGAAGCUGCUGGGCUCCGUGGUCUAUGCACACAGUAAGGAACUGAUCACGGCAUGGUACAUCGGAUUCUUGGUGCUCAUUUUCUCCUCUUUCCUCGUCUACCUGGUGGAGAAGGAUUCCAAUGUGCAGUUCGCCACAUACGCAGACGCUCUGUGGUGGGGCACAAUCACACUGACAACCAUCGGCUAUGGGGACAAGACUCCCACCACCUGGCUGGGGAGGCUGCUGUCGGCUGGAUUUGCCCUCCUUGGGAUCUCUUUCUUUGCACUUCCUGCGGGGAUUCUCGGCUCGGGGUUUGCGUUAAAGGUUCAAGAACAGCAUCGGCAGAAACAUUUUGAGAAGAGGAGGCAUCCAGCAGCAAGCCUCAUUCAGUAUGUGUGGCAUAGUUAUGCUGCUGAUGAUGAGAACUCGGUUUCCAUAGCAACUUGGAAGCCAUAUUUGAACGCCUUGCAUAUCUGCAGCCCCUGCAAAAAAUUUCACUCACCUCUGACAGGAAGCUACAAAUUAAGUUUUAAGGAUCGGGUACGAAUGGCCAGCCCCAGGGGUCAGGGGGCGAAGGGCAGACAAGCCUCGCUCGGCGCCGACCGCCCGUCACCUAGCAACGAACCCACCGCAGAGACUAGCCCCAGCAAGAUGCAGAAGAGCUGGAGUUUCAAUGACCAGACUCGACUGCGACCUUCACUUCGGUGUAAGACCAGCCAGGCACGGGGCACCUCAUCCGAUGCUAUCAUGUCUCCAGAUGAAGGCUUUGAUGAGAGGGCAGUUCACCCAGAGCUCUUUGUUGAGGAGCUUACACCCGUGUUCAAAACUGUGAUUAGAGCCAUUAGGUUUAUGAAGUUCCAUGUUGCAAAGAGAAAGUUCAAAGAGACUCUGCGACCGUACGAUGUGAAAGAUGUGAUUGAGCAAUAUUCAUCUGGACAUUUGGACAUGCUUGGUAGGAUCAAAAGUCUGCAGUCACGCGUGGAUCAUAUUCUUGGGAAAGGACAGUUCUCGACAGAAAAGCGGUCUCGCGAGAAAGGACCACCAGACAAUGAUAUUGCUGCCGACUUUAGCAUGAUGGGACGGGUGGUAAAAGUGGAGAAACAGGUACAGUCCAUUGAGUCAAAGCUAGAUGCGCUGUUGGACGUCUACAGACAGUGUCUGCGGAAAGGCUCAGUCUCAGCACUGACCCUUGCAUCCCUGCAGAUGCCUUCACUGGAGCUUGAUCAAACUUCUGAUUAUCAAAGUCCGGUGGAAGGGCUCAACUCAGCCCGACUCAGCAACUGUACAUCAAGAUCUACCAGUGUCCGAGGACUGCAGCUCAUCCUCACACCAGAUGAUCCAAGUGGCCCCUCUUAUGGACACGUCAGCCUGACCACCCAGCCUCAGGCUGUUCCCAGUACCAAGGGUGACAGGCCCACAAUGGCAGUGCCUAGUCCAAUGGUCCCACCUUCUAAGGAGACAGUGACAUCUCAACAGUUGCCAUCCUUCCCGACCACCAGCAGGCCGCUUCCUCUCCAGAUCGUUCCCGUCACGUCACAGGGAUUUGAUUCCAAUAUCACCACAUGCCUUGUCACUGGCCAAAGGGCAGACCUUAGUUUCACUCAGGACACCCCAUGGCGGAGGAGUCAGAGUGCAGAGAACGAAUCCCUGGUCAACGUUUGCCCAGCGACAGACAAACCUUUAGAACACUCCCUGUCUGUGCAAAAUCUGAUCCAGCCCACACACGAACUGAGGGUGCCAUUCACAGACAGGAACCACAGGAGCGCCAGAGCAUGCCAAGAACACUACCCCAAAUGGAUGGCAUCACGAUUCUUGCUUGGAGGUGAGGAGGUCAGCCCAGAGACGUUUGAAAGCGUAAACCCAAUGAGGUCUGGAGUUCCCAGAACGUCACAAGUCAUUGAACAAGCAGAGGACCCAGUAAGGUCCUUGAGCAUGUCUCCAAUUCAUCUAAAGUGAGAACAAAAGGAACCUCCCUUCCACAAGUCUCCAAUAUGCAUUGCCUCGGACUCCCUUUGCCUUUGAGACAAAUCAUGAAACUUUCAAGUGUAACAUAGCGAACAAAUGAAAGAGGCACUUAUGGGUCUAGUUGCAUGAAUAAAUGCAUGCCAAAUUGAAAAUGAGAUUGUUUUAAAGUAUUGUGGGAGCAGCUUGUUUCUUUGAUAAAUCAGGAAUUAUUUUUGUAACAAAUGUGCACAGAGGUCAUUUGAUGAUGCUUCAGUGAAUAGUUCAGGGAUCUGGACUGAUUAAGACUACUUUUAUUUACAGUACAGUUGUGUCUUCAAACUUCUGUGGUGUUUAUGAAACCCUGUUAUCUUAUCCAGGUAAAAACCCCUGUUUAUAUCAGAAGGGUUUCUCUGCUUCAUUUGAGUUACAAAAGAUAGACACAUUCUAUAUGAAAAAUGUUUAUAAAAUAUUCAACAUUACUUUGAAAGUUAAUUGCUGAAUAUUUUGUUGAACUUUUUUUAAGGUUCAGGUUGUUUGAAAGACCUUUUCUGUGUAGAGAGAAGUGUCGGAACAACCAAGGAGGCAGAUGGUGAUGGAGUACCACUGAUAGUGUGAUGUUCAACUCUGAACGCACCGUAAUCUGUAUGAUGAUCUAAAUAAUGUGGCUUCCUUUGAAGCAGACCCUGCCUUGGACAACCUCUUUUCCUUUAGAAUACGGUAUUAAUGCCUCACUGGAAAAAAAAACAAAGACUUAUUGUAGAAUGCUUUGUAUAUCAUUUUCUUAAUGUAUGUAUAAGAGAUGCUGAUAUUUGUACUGAUUAGAUAUAUAAUAUCAAGUUUGAACAGCAGCCUGGCUGGUAGAUCCAGGUGCUG